GGUAGAAUAAGGUUAAAGAGAGAGAUUGAUGGACUUUCAAGUUCUGAGUUACAAUGCUUGUAUAGCGAAAAUGAUAGGCUAUGUUAUUUAUAAAAUUGAAAUGAUUUGAUAUCAAGUCUCAUCGAUCGUUUCAAGCUGCAACCUACGAAAGCAGCAUAUGGAGAAGGAAGCAAUGCUUGUCUCUAAGGUCAUUCUAAGACAAUUUUGGCUUUAUGAUUGCUAGAUAAGUUGGGUUUAAUAGGCUGACGAUUGAAGGUAGCAAUGCUUGUCUCUAAGGUGAUUCUAAGAUAAUUUUGGCUUUAUGAUUGCUAGAUAAGUUGGGUUUAAUAGGCUGACGAUUGAAGGAAGCAAUGCUUGUCUCUAAGGUCAUUCUAAGAUAAAUUUGGCUUUAUGAUUGCUAGAUAAGUUGGGUUUAAUAGGCUGAUGAUUUACACUGUUUUCUUUUGUUUUAAGAGAAUCUGGUGUCGUAGAAGCUAGAGAGGUCAUUAUUACGUUUUGAAAAACCUCUGUUAAGAAUUUGUCAUUUUAGCAUCCAGCUAAAAAGCUUUCUCUUUUAAUUCUAGAUUAACCAACGAAUUUCCGUAACUUUUCUUAUUCCAAUGCAAGCUGGCAUAAACCAAAUAAAUUACCUGUUCUUGUCUCGUGGGAAAAUCGUUAAAACUGGUGUCAUCCAAAAACAAAUUGGAACAGAAACUACUUUGAAUGUUGACAUUACAGCAGAUAUGGCACCUAAAUGCAGAAUACUGGCCUUUUUCGUUAGAAAUGGAGAAAUGGCCUCUGACUCAGUUUUGAUGGACGUCGAGAAUGGUUAUAAAAACGAGGUUCUUCUUAAUACAGACCCAGCUCCAGACCAAACAUUUCGCCCCGGGCAAGACCUCGCUGUCAAAAUGAAGACCAGCACAAAAUCAGUCGUUGGCUUAUUAGCAGUCGACCAAAGUAUUUACUAUCUAAGAAACGAGAGUAGAGUUACAAAUGAGAAGGUAUUCAGUGAUAUAGGUUCAUUUGAUUUGGGAUGUGGACUUGGUUCAGGACGAAACAACAAAGACGUUUUUGAUGUGAGUUGUAUCACUGAUAGCACCUUUAAUCUGCAUUUUCAUAGCCGAUGCCAAUUAGCAAUUAUCAUUAAAGAUACUAAAAUUUUAAAGAAUAACGUAGAAACUGUUAAGUGCAAUAAACACUUCGAUAAACGACACAGAGCAAGUCAGACUCAGAGGAACUAAAUAUGCUUAAUGCUACCUACAUCCGUUUUUGUUACAGGUUGUAUUUGUUACUUUCUAGCUUCCGAAAAUAUGUUUAAGAUUACUGAAAAGCUAUGUUUAUCGAGCAGUGUCCUUCCUUGUCCUUCUUCUUCUCAUUCCUCCAAUGCUCUCUGAGUUGCAACCCUAAUCAUUGAGCUAUCCUCGCACAAACGAAUAUCAUUUUGAUUUUAAGACACGUUAUUUGAGUGCC